AUGUUUCAAGGGUUGGCUGUAGAGGUGGCGGAGUACCUUCGUGCUAAGGCGAAGGAUACGGACACUGCCCUGGCGCGUCGUCAAGAACUCUUGGAGUUCUACGACGAUAUGCCGAAGAAGAACCCCCCUCAUCAUCGCUGGCACUGCAGUGCCGCAACCUUCGCGAUGACCCGCGCGCUGUACCACAGGGCCAAAAAGGCCAUCGUACGGCGCCGCCUGCGGGAGCGUGCUGCCAAAAAGCGUGAGCGUGAGGCGUCACUGGGAGCCCGAGCCGAUGACCAUGGAGCGCAGCCCUCGCCCUCUCAGCGCCCACGGUACGGCGAGGGCAAUACAGCCGAUGACGACGUCGCAGAAUUCGACGAUUUCCACCUCACUGACAUCGCUGGCGCUGAUGACGAGUGGGUUGACGAGCUGGGUGGCGACCUCUGGGAGCCGUACACUGCCGCAAUUAACUUUGACGAGAAUGACAUUGCCUAUACCAUCAUCGAGGGUCUGAACGAUGAAGACCACGUCGUGUACCCCGACCCCGAGACCGGACAAUACCAGCUCGUCGACAACGCGCCUCUUCAAGAAGAGCUUGCAGCCCUUGCCGAAUACCAAUACAUUGCUGACACGGUCGAGAACCAUGACGAUGAAUCCGAGGGUGUUGCGGCAGUUGAUGAACAGGAGGAGGAGGAAGUUGUCGCCGAUGCCAUCAUCGUGGCCACGCCCUGGGCAGAAUAUCAUGCGUACGGUCGCGAACCUAGCGACCCGUUCGAAGGCUCUGAGUCUGUUCCGCAGCCACGCAAGCCACACAAGCUGUCGGAUUUCAGCUCUGGCACUCCAUGCAGUGGGCGGGCUCAGCUGAGGAGGGAGAUGUUGUCCUUCUUGUUGCUCGGGUUCUUCGAGGCCGCAUUGAUCUCGAAGAUCAUCAAGGAAAGGAGUGUUGUCAUCAAGACUAACCCAACGAAGGACGAGGUUGACGAUGACGAAUGGGUGCUGAGCCAUAGCCCUAUGGAGUUUGUCCCACCGGCCAAGGUCUCCCGCCGCCGUGAUGAUAUCGGCUUCGACUACGCGUACGGUAGCGCUGUGUCGUUUCCGGACGACCCGAGGGCGCGUCUCGGCCUCCCGCUCAUCCGCCGUGUCUUCCUCCAGGACCAAGGAGCGUUGAUGCCGCCUUGCCUCAAUUUCAGUGACGGCUUUGGCUUAUACCGAACGAUGACCAAGUCUAUCAUGGGCUGCUACCUUCAGAUCGCUGCUAUGCCGAGGCGGGAGCACACGCGCCAGAUCAAUGUGCUGCCAGUCACCCUGGGUCCGCAUGGCGCCAACCUCGAGGAUGUUAUGAAGGCGCUGAUGCCACUCAAAGCCCUCGACCGCGGUACUGUUGUUGAUAUCAACGGGGUACAAACACUCCUCUGCGCACCCAUUAUCGCCUUCACCGGCGAUAUGCCACAACAACAAGACAACUCUGGCUGCCUUGGUGUUGCUGCCAACUUCGGAUGCCGGGGUUGUAAAGUCCCUGCCGACAAGCGUGGGGACCUCGACUUCGACGUCUUGGACCAGACACGCGCCCAUAUGGAGAUGCUUCGGCUUCGCCGUGCGAUGGACGACAUGCAGCAGAAGUACCGCAAGCAGGCCUUUUCGACCCAGCACGGCCUAUCGAUCGAUGCUCCUGCUGUUCAGCAUAUCGCUCCAGCCCUGGACCUCAUCAGCGGCCGACCCAGUGAUACAGCGCAUUCGGAGUUCAACGGCAUCACCAAGAUGACCCAUCAGGUCCUCCUCGACGAUGCGCUGAAACCCGAGUCUGUUGUCGAGUACUCCAAGGUCCUGCGGCGGAUGCCCUUCCCCCCUGGUUGGGGGCGGAUCCAGUCGCCAUACAACGUACUCAAGUACAGCCUCCAGGAGCACACCCGUUGGUCCGUUUUGAUGACCAUCAUCUUGUUGCUUUGGUUCAAGGAGACCGACAUCAAACGGCCCUUUGUGCGGGCUAUGAAGGCGGUCUUCUCACAAACCCAGCUCACCUGCACAGGCCAAGCUGCUGACAUGGUGAUAGCCACGAAGGUCGAAGGCCGCAACGUCGUCGAGAUUCUCACAAUCGCGCUGGCGGCCAUUGUCAAGACCAACUCGAUCCUAUCGUCGGCCGAGCCCGGGAACGGGGCAGGCAGCCCGAGGCAUGUUGCAGGAAUACUUGAGACUAUCCUUGUCAGCCGACGCUUGUUCCAGUUGAUGUGUGAGGCUGCAUCGCGCUCUACUAACACUGCGACUGGUGCGGCGGCAGCUCGUCGCCGCGGUGCCACCGCCGGCAAUACAUCUGUUGUAGGAUCCCGCGCCACCUCUCGCGCCGUCUCGCCUGCAGGCUCCGAAGCACAGGUCGCCAUCGUACCGGUCGAGGUUGUCGAGGAGGACGAGGAAGCUGUUGACGAUGCUAUCAACAUUGGCCAGCUUACCGUCGCCCAGAAGGCGACCAAGUACCGACAGUGGGCGCAGCGCCCCAAUGUGCACGUCGGCCUGCACUACAUCGAUGUGUUCCGCCGGUAUGGGUUGGCGUCGUUGUUGAUGGUUCUUCCUGGAGAGUUGAAACACAAGCUGUGGAAGAACAUUGUGACCACGACGAACCAUCGAAACCCUGAGAAGGACUGCCUGACAUACGAAAAUAUGCUGCAGACUGUGCGCUUGACACUGCUUGACGGUUUCUCACACGACGAGCCGGACAUCACUGCCAAGCUGAAGGGUCUUGCAUCUGCGGCUCCUACACUGUUCUCAGUGUUGCUUCCUCGCGAAAGUCUUGGCCGUACCGAUCUGGAAGACGAAGACGACCCAUCCAUCGGCGCCAGGGUUGUCGAUGACAUGUCCCAUCCCGACGCGCGUGUCCUUGUAUUCGUCAAGACGCGUGUGUACAAGGCAAUGGGAUUCCCUGUCCGGGAGGGCGAGUUAAGUCUGCCCUUUUCCAUUCAGCUACGCGAUGCGUAUCAAGCCGACUAUGGCAAGAACAUUGUGGUGACUUCGAACUGGCCGAUCAGGUGGUGGAAGAAAGUCUCGUUUGGAGAUAGCCUAUGGGCGCGCAACGCCUGGUCUAUCAACGGGGUCAGUUCCGACCAAUCCUACGUCUUUUUAGUCAUCACGCCUCUGACCGAUACCGGCGCUGCUGAGGAACUGACGCGCCUCCCGAUUCUGAAGAUGGCGCAGGCAAUUGAGGAUGAGGACUGCCGCCACGAGGUCGUUGGCCUGCCGAGUCUCCAUCACGACUGCCUCUACAUGGUUCCAUUCACGGCACAGCCCGGCCGGCGCCUCUUGACAGCGGGCGCAGGCACAGAAAUGACAGAGUUGACGGCCGACACAGAGCUUCUCUUCGUCAACUGGCGCAGAGGCGCAGGGACAGUCAGCACAGUUGAGACCAUUGCCGUAAACGGGUUCACAUCUGAACGGCAAGAGCUGCCCCAAGCGGGUCUUCCGCAAGGAUCGCCGCUGUCUCCGAUGUUGUUCCUCUUCUUCAACGCCGACCUAGUGCAGCACAAGAUCGACGCGAACGGAGGCGCAAUUGCCUUCGUGGACGACUACACUGCCUGGGUAACGGGCCCGUCAGCGGAGUCGAACCGCACUGGAAUCCAAGCUAUCAUUGGCAAAGCCCUUGACUGGGAGAAACGGAGCGGUGCGCAGUUUGAAGGCGAAAAGACAGCCAUCAUACACUUCACGAGGAACAUGGAGCGAUUUUCAGAACAACCGUUCUCGGUCAAAGGCGAAGUGGUCAAACCGAAGGAAAGUGCGAAAAUCCUAGGUGUCGUGAUGGAUCGCGAACUCCGCUACAAGCAGCACAUUGCUAGGACGGCAGCUAAGGGCCUCGCAGCCGCUCUGGCCCUGAAGAGGCUGAAGAUGCUUUCCCCGCGGACAGCGAGACAGCUAUUUGUUGCGACAGUAGCCCCGGUCAUGGACUACGCUGCCAAUGUCUGGAUGCAUGGGUGCGGGGAAAAAGCACUGAGCUGGCUGAACAGGGCGCAGAAGAUCGGGGCCCUGGCCAUCACGGGAGCCUUUCGAACCGCAGCAACAGCCGUGGUGGAAGCUGAAGCGAGCAUCCACCCCGUACGAGAACGACACGCCCAGGCGGCAGCCAGUCUGUGGAUCAACAUCCACACGCUACCCGGAACGCAUCCCCUUGCCAUGAAGAAAGUCCGGAACACCGUACGAUUCGUAUCUCCGCUGCAGAAAAUUGCCCGCGUGGCCGAAGGAGUACGAGUCGACCGGAUGGAGACAAUCCAGGAAUACGCCGUCCCGCCCUGGGUACCUCGCCUACGACCGACGCUCGAAGCCGAUCGAGGGAAGGCGGCCGAGAUGGUCAACAAAAUUUCGGGAAUCGUGAUCGCAACCAGCUCAUCCGUAAAGAAGGGCAUUGUUGGCAUGGGCGGCCUUGCACGGGAUACUCUCUUCAACAGAACUAGCGAGACUGUGACAAACUAUGCUGUUGUUCUUGGGACAAGGGAAGAGCAGAACCCAUAUACAGCAGAGCUAGCAGCCAUCGCAAUGGCCCUGGAGAAGUUACCGGCUAGCAUCUGCCACAGGCACAUCACCGUGAUCACUAGGAACCAGUCAGCGCUGGCAGCAGUUGGACAGCCGCGGCAGCAAUCCGGCCAAAGCAUCAUACGGCAAAUCUACGACUUGGCCAGGCUGCACCGACAAAGAGGGAACUCGGUCAACUUUCUGUGGAUACCAGCGGAGAUUGACUUCGCGUUGGGGUCAGAUGCCAAGGCAGCAGCCCAGAGAGCGUCGAAGCAAGGACGCACACCCGACUCCCAAAUGCCCCAGGCCAAGUCUACCGCGAUGAGGCUGGCAAUGGAAAGACAACUGACGACAAGAGUUCUACCUGUAGGCGUGGGCAAGUUCUCAAAGGCCAUGGACGCAGCACUACCAGGCAAGCACACGCGCGAUCUCUAUGACAAGCUGAAGCGAAGGGAGGCCGGCGUAUUGGCGCAGCUCCGAACCGGAAUGGCGAGACUGAACGGCUUUUUGAGCAGGAUUGGGGCGGUCGAGUCAGACCUUUGUGCCUGUGGACAAGCGAGGGAAUCAGUGGAACACUUUCUUUUCCGAUGCGUGAGAUGGACAGCUCUGAGGGAAGACAUGCUGCAAUGCACAGUGGCAAGACGAGGAAGCCUCUCGUUCUAUCUGGGAGGGAAAGCGCCAUCGGAUACAAGGCAUUGGUCACCAGAUAUGAAGGCAGUCCGGGCGACGAUCAAAUACGCAAUGGCAACAGGAAGGCUGGAGCUGAAUGAAGAGGAGAGUCUAAACCAGUCACAGUAG